CAGAAGUGCAUGGUAGAACUCAAGAAGACGGCAAUCAAGGGUGAUCUAGAAUUGUGAUUGACUCAUUAAUAAUACCAGGACAAAGUUAAGAGAUCACAACUCAAACGUAAGUUUUCCUAAGACUGCUACGAAGAUGUUUGAUACUAAGGCUUGGGCUGAGUAUGUUGUGGAGUGGGCUGCAAAGGACCCGUAUGGCUUCCUUACAACAGUUAUUUUGGCCCUAACUCCACUGUUCCUAGCAAGUGCUGUACUGUCUUGGAAGUUGGCCAAGAUGAUUGAGGCCAGGGAGAAGGAGCAAAAGAAGAAACAAAAACGUCAAGAAAAUAUUGCAAAAGCUAAACGACUAAAAAAGGAUUGAAGGAAUAAACAGGCUCUCCAACCAGAGGAAAAUCAUUUGGAAAAUUAUGUAGCUUUGAAAGGACUCACUAAGGUUUCUUUUUUGUAUUUCUUGACAGUAUUAUUUAGUAAAGGAAAUUUGACCAAAUGGAAGAAUCAUGCUAAUAAUGACCUCAAUACUGUAGUUACUUUUAAGCGUGGGUAUAGAAAUUUUUGUUGGUAUCUAUUGACAGUUAUUGUAAAUUGGCUUUUACUAUGGUACAAAUUCUUUAUAAUUGACUUAGUCAUUUGCCAUUUGGCAGUUUACAUGCUGAAAUGAAAACAUCCUGUGGAGGAAAAUGACUUUAGAUUAUGAACUUUUCAAAUAAGCUAUUUAAAAUGGGGUCCUUUACUGGACAAAGGAAAUUAAGAAUGUACAAGCCAGAAAUGAACUCGCUGAGGUGAAAAGUAUGGUUUGGCUUAAAAGAGAUACAGUAUGUUAAUCACAUCUUUUAUCAUUAUUGCUUAUUUCUUAGAAUCAUUUUUGGCUUUCUCAAAGCAAAAUAAUAUUUAAUCAAUGAGUAUUUCUAUUUUCUGCAUUUUUCUGAUAUUAGCUGUUGAGACAACUGGUUAAUUAGCAAGACAUUCUGCAUUUUUUAAAUCUAAUUUUAUAAAGAAUUCUCUUAUCUUGACUAUGUAUAAUACCACCUACUGGAUAUAACAAUUUUUGUACUUAGUGAGCACAGCCAUUUUCUUAUAAACAACUUGAGAAAAGUAAUACUAUGAUUUAUAGCUUGCAAUAAAAAUGCCAAACACUGUAGUACCUUGGAACCAGUUUGUUCUUGCGUUACGUAGAACUGUGUAAUACUUAAAAUGUCUACAAUUUGUUUAUUAUAUAGACACUUUUGUUUUUUAUUCCAUUCUUUGUUUUAACUUAUAUGGUAGUGAUGUUCAAUAGUUUUUGGUCAAACAGGUUCAAAGGGAAAAUUAAAAUUUCACAUUUCUUUUGAAGAACUCCUAAAGAGUAACAGUAAGGAAAGGCUUAAAAUUUGGAAACAUUUUGUUGGGCAUAGUAAUUUGGUGAAGAGGA